AUGCCAAGUCUUCACGAUACAGCAUAUCGACCAGGUCCACCUCAGCAAGGAGCUCCAUACUCGAUGCCUCACACAAUGGCAUCUCAACAUUCACAAAUUCCCGCCUACGAACAAUAUAAUAAUUCUCUACCUGCCACUCGUCCUCCUCCUCCAGAACAUUUACCAUCUUCAGAGGCCGUAGCGGCAUAUUCUAUUGGACUCCCAGGUCAGGAACCAUCGCCUCGGUCUAUUACUGUAGAUGGGAGAAAGUAUACAUUGGAAGUCCAGCAACAACCAAAGCGGGCUCGAAUGUGUGGGUUUGGAGACAAGGAUCGUCGGCCUAUUACUCCUCCUCCAUGUGUUAAACUCAGUAUAACAGAAAUUGCCACUGGAAAAGAGGUGGACGUCAACAACAUCGAACAUGGAAUGUUUGUGCUGAACGUGGACUUAUGGUCAGCGGAUGGCGAUCGACCAGUCAACCUUGUUCGACAUUCACAAACUUCUCCUUCGAUUUCAGCCACAGUUCCAGUUUCUUAUACACAGCUACAAGGGGGUUCAACUGCGUACUCGAACCUACUUCCCGGACAAAGUCAACGAGAACCCACCAGCCCACAAUAUGGCAAUGCGCCACCUUAUCAGGGAGCUGGAUUUAAUCCAUUUCCAGGGCCACCACAGGUGAGCGCAUACUCACAACAGCAACCUGGACAACAAGCAGGUUACGGUGGAAAUCCCAACUAUCCACCUCCAAAUGGAUACCAAGUACCACCUCAACAGUCCAACUAUUAUUACCCCCAACCUUCUCAAUCGGUUCCCAGCCACAGUAACCAAGAUCCUUACCCCUCUCGUCCUUAUACCCCACAAGAUAUGGCAAUGCGCAUGCCCAUAAGCCAAACAAAUCCUCCGCAAGGCAUGUUCACACGAAAUCUUAUUGGAAGUUUAUCAGCUUCCGCAUUCCGUCUCACAGACCCGGAUGACCGAAUCGGAAUCUGGUUUGUGCUUCAGGAUCUUUCCGUCCGAACCGAGGGUGAUUUCCGCCUUCGCUUUUCAUUCGUUAAUGUCGGUGUACCUUCGGCACCGCAGAAUAAUCCUAACUCAUCGUGUUCCGUAAACACUGGAAAAGCCCCUGUUCUCGCUUCGUGUUUCUCAGAAGUCUUCAAAGUUUACUCGGCGAAGAAAUUCCCUGGAGUGGUAGAAAGUACACCAUUAAGUAAAUGUUUUGCCACACAAGGUAUUAAGAUUCCGAUCCGAAAGGAUGGAAAAGACGGACCAGGAAAAGGAGGAAAGGACGGUAGCCGAGGUGAUGAUGACGACGACUACUAA